GGCGACUCCCUCUGUACCAUUAUAAACAGUUUUGCUUCUCCUCUUUACAAGAGCUUCGGAGAUAAAAGAAUAGAAAGAAAAGCAUAACAAUGGUGGGUACAUCUUCUUUUCCUCAAUGGCUUGAAGCCCUUCUUGGAGAGAAGUUCUUUAACCCAUGUUUGAUUCAUGAAUCCGCGAAGAAGAACGAAAAGAACAUUUUUUGCUUGGAUUGUUGCACCAGUAUCUGUCCUCACUGCUUAUCUCCUCACCGCUCCCACCGUCUCUUACAGAUACGAAGGUAUGUCUAUCAUGAUGUUAUUCGGGUGGAUGAUAUCGAGAAAUUGAUAAACUGUGACUAUGUUCAAUCCUACACCACAAACAGCGCAAAAGUUGUGUUUUUAAAUCAAAGGCCUCAAUCUAGGCCUUUCAGAGGGUCAGGAAACGUCUGCACCAUAUGUGAUAGAAGCCUACAAGACCCAUACCUCUUCUGCUCUCUUGCCUGCAAGGUUCAUCAACUGAUGAAGACCGAAGGUGGGGUAUCGAAAUACCUCUACGAGUGUGAAUUCCUUCCUUUACCAGAAGGAGCCAAGGGGGAGAGCUGCGACCUCGACGAUGGCCAAAUGACGCCUGACUCGAUGCUUGAAUCGCCAGUUUCUUUUCGCACAUCUUCAGGGUCAAGCGCAAGUGGUGGUGCAGUGAGUUGCAAAACCCUUGCGUGCACUGCAACUACCGAGUUUGUGAAGAAGAAACGGACCAGCGUCUCAGCCCCCCGGACCUUGUAUCGGCCGACAUGCUCACGAGUAUCGGAAAUCACUAUGAGUUUGAAUCGGAGAAAGAGUAUCCCUCACCGGUCGCCUCUGUACUGAAUUGGUACGAUUAAUAGUAAUUAAUAGAUUCUUGAAAAUGUGGUAAAGGAGGAACUGAAGAGGGGAGGGUGGGUUGUCGUUCCUGUUCUUUUGGGAAUAGGCUAUUAUUUGAUAUUUCAAUUUCAGUGUCUCUGUUGAUACUCAGAUGGUUUGUUUAGAAAGAGGAGGAGAAGAAGCAGAAACCUCCCAAUUUUGUAGAGAAA